AUGGCAACCGCUCAGCUCGUGCACAGUGGGCAAAAGCCAAAAACAUCCAAGGAAACAGUUCUGUUUCCAAACAGAGUUGCUACUGAGCAACAGUCUACAAAUCUGGUGAAAAGGCUGCUGGCGAUUUCAAUCUCCUGCAUAACAUACCUCAGAGGGCUGUUCCCAGAAAGCUCUUAUGGAACUCGCUAUUUAGAUGACAUGUGCCUCAAAAUCCUUCGGGAAGAUAAAAGCUGCCUGGGUUCACUGCAGAUAGUCAAAUGGAUUCAGGGAUGCUUUGAUGCACUGGAGAAGCACUAUCUCCAUAUGGCUGUCUUGGCAAUCUAUACCAAUCCCCAAGAACCGGAGCAAGUGACAGAACUCUACCAGUUCAAAUUCAAAUACUCAAAGAGUGGAGCCCAGAUGGACUUUGCUAGCUCUCAAGUGAGCGUUAUGAAUAGAGUAAACAGCGAGGAAAUUAAGGAAGCCAGCAUCCUACUGAUCCGCAAAUUGUAUGUCUUAAUGCAGAAUCUCGGACCACUUCCUAAUGAUAUUUCUUUGACCAUGAAACUCUUCUACUACAAUGAUGUCACUCCUGAUGAUUACCAGCCCCCUGGUUUUAAGGAAGGUAGCAGACCAGAUUGCCUGCUUUUUGAUGGCAAUCCAGUCAACCUAAAAGUAGGAUCAAUGUCCACUGGAUUUCAUGUUCUGAAAGUGAGAGUAACAACUGAGAGCAAAAGAAUGGGGACGCUGGAGAGCAGCCUGGUUGAAGAGAGCAGUCCUACUGAGAUCUCCCAUGAGGGACUAGACUGUGAGGAGGAAGAAGAGGAGAAUAGCACUAAGGUACAAGAACAAGCCGCUCAAACGCUCGCGAACAGAGAAGCAGUGGCGGCGGCGGAGGCGGCGGCCAAAGCUCAAGCCGCACGGGACAGGGAACAACAGUUGGCUACGGAACGAGCACGGGCGAGUGUGCGCCCCAAGGAUCCCGGUCAAAUCGGCCCUUCGUGGGGACCAACGUUUUCCCCGACUUUUGCCCCGUCCCGCACCACCCAAUGCGCACGGCGCCUCGCAGAACGACUUCGGGGAUCCGACAAUUCUGACGAGGAGGACUUGUAUGGAGACAGCUCCCACUGGGCCACGGGCUUCUGGGCCAGCCGAGCGCACCGUACAGGGGGAUCUGAGGACGAGGUGCACUUGUUGCGAGCGCAGAACCGAGAAUUAUAUGAUCGUGUAGACCGUCUCCAAGAACAAAUGGAACGUUUGCUCCAAGAAAACGAACGUUUACAGCGGGCGCAGCGACUUGCCCUCAACGACCGGAGACCACCCGCCCCAGCGUGCCACUCCGAGCUCGAGGAAGACCUCAACGCAGAGGGCCCCAGCCUUAACGGCUCUUCCCGCCCAGGAGUCACCUGA